CAGUCACUCAACUUAGUCAAGAACGGCGUAUUUCAGGGGUUGAGUGAGACAUAAAAAGGGAUCAAAAGUUGACUUGUCGCCUGAGUUGCAGACAGCAAAUACUGUGGACUGAGGUAUGUUACUCCCUUAACUUACAGUUCCUUUCUGUUAAUUAACUCGAAUAACCAGUCUGUCGUCAUAAAUCUCACUGUGAUGUAGUUACUUUGAACUGUCCUAAAACAGCUGUUAGCUCAAUGUUUCACUUUCCAAAUCUACGCGUCUCUAUCAGUUAUAGCUAAAUCACAGGAAUCUAAUACAUGGCUCCGAAAUGUCUGCUCCCGACAGUUUUUUUCGGGUCUUUUAGUUCUGUAGGCUUAAGGGUAAUACACAGAGUGCAAAAAGGUGCAGUUCAUGAUACUGACUACAACGGUAUCAACCAUAUCGAGCCUCGUUAUAUUGGUAUUUCUUAGAUUGACAAGUUUACUUACUCUCGCUAUCACUGUUUAUAUUCUUUCCAAGGAAAGUAUAUUUUUUGUUGUAUCCUUGACAAUAAGCACCUCGUAAACGAUUAAAGUUAAACACCAACCUUAGAAAAUGUGCCAUAAACUGGUGUAUUUCUGCAUGUGUUUGUUACUGUCCCGUUUUUACCACUUAGAUUCGUUAAAAUACUUAUGAACCUCGACCAGAUUUUGAGAAAACAAGGGGAGAAAACAAAAGCGCGUAUUCUUUAUUGCGAAUCAAAUAUCUUUGAUAUAUUACCUUUUUUAUCUUGAGUCGUUGAAGCGGAAAAUGGAUUUUCUCUUCACAAAAAAAAAACAACUAAAACAAAGCGAACUGAAAUUAAAACUCUUCAUUUCAGUGAGCUAGACUCUUUAGUGUUGUUCUUAACAACUGAGGAAUGAACAUCAAAUUUCUUCCCAAUGGUUCUCUACAAAUCCCGAAAGAGGUAAAUCGUUAAUGUUGGAACAGACAGGGCAACCAACCAUGGUAUUUAUACAUAAAACAGAAAAAAAAGGCAAGAAAACUGAGAAUACUUUUUAAGUGUGGACUAACUGUAUAUUUUUUGGUGAAAAGAUUUAUUCUCUGUUUGAGAUUAUAAGUGUACUAGUUCAUUGCGAUGUUCGACCUCAGACUAGCGUCGAUACAGGUAUCGAUUUCUAUUUACAAGUACCUCCGGAGUCUAUUAGCUUUAUUGUUCAACCGUGAUCUGUCGUCACGUGACCAUUCUAUUACGCAAUGUUGCUUGAGAUUCGACUCUCUGAACUAAGUCUGCACACACACUCUCCAUCUCGAGAGGAAACGAUUGAACAGCGACCUUCAUAUUUAACUUACGAUUACGAAAUGGAGUUACUUUACGAAUAUGAUUAGGAAUUCUGCGCUCAGAUUACACAUUCCCCAAAACAAACAAACUACAACUUAACUCUGUUACUGACUACUACAAAAAUUACGUUAGGGAUAAUCUUGGUAGAUAAGUAAUUAUAUGACGCACACGAAUUUGGUUUAAAAACUAGCACUCGUACACAAUCCUUCAAGUUUUAAAGCUAUCUUGAGGGCUGCUGUUGCGACAGCGGCUACGCUUUGUGUUAUGUACAAUCUUGCAAUUCCGUCGGUGAAAAUGAAUAUACGAUACCGUAAACCGUCUUUUAAGCCCCCCCGGGCGGGACUUAUUUAGGUUUCAGGUCUAUUUGAGGGGGGAAGGGGGGGGGGGUGCUCAAUAGAGACAGGGGGCUUAACUCAUGUAAGUCUUUUCUUCUACCACAGUCAAGAGGUAUUUCUGGAUCUUAUUUUUCAUCUUUUCGAAUUAAUGUUCCUCCAACCUACAGUACGUCGGCUCCUAGUCUUAGUUUAGGCUUGAAGGUCAACCAUUUGUAAACAUCCCGGAUCAGUAGAAUAAUCAGGGGUGAGGGGGAGGAGGAGGGCGGCUUAACAGAGGAUUUACGGUAAUUAAUACUAAAAAGACAAAUAAUAAAAAGGAGGGAUUACUGUCAAGUUGAAAACAAAAGGUAAAUGCGACAAACACUCUACGCGACAGGUGAUAUGCCUUAACUAAAAAUCAUUUCCCCUUGUCAUUGCUAGACAAGUAUUUCCGUUAUACCGGCCCGCAUAUGUCAUCACCAAAGGCCGAGAUAAUCAGAGGUAUAACUUGUCUUAAUUGCAUGUUUUAGUUAGUAAACAUGGGAUGCGGGAACAGUAAAUCAACAAGAGUGGAAAACGCGCCUUUUCCAGUUAUUAAACAAACAAAGCCGGUAGCAGCUGAACAAGAGAAGGAAGGAAAGAUUAGUGAGCAGCCAGAAUCAGGCACAGAGUCAUCUGGUAAAGACAAGCAGACUACAGACAGUAAACCAGAAAAACAUGGACCUCUCACUCCUAAACAGAUUUUAAUCGUGCAAAACACAUGGGGAAUAGUAAAGGGAUCUUUGGAUUUACAACAAAUAGGCAUCGAGUUCUACGUCAGGUAUUUCCAUACUAAAAUCUGUUAUUCUGAAAGUGUAAAGUUAUUAAUUUUUCUAAAUAAGGAAUGGAAUAGGUUUUACUGGGAUCAAUGUCAAUGCUCUCCUUAGGGAAGCUGAUAGGGGUUUCUUGAUCUCACAGAGACUAGCUGUCAAAAACAAGUAUUUUCUCUCGGACUAGCGCUCUGUAUGACAACACCUCUGCCUUUGCUUGUUUCAGGUCAGGGCAGGUAAAAGUGACUCAGGUUUGACAAAAACAAAAUUGAUCUUAUAAACAAAAGGAAGAAAGGUGAAUGAAGGAUUCUGUCUGGCGGAGUAAUAUGCAGUUUUCUAAGCCAUCACCCAUUUUAACAAACUAUGCCAUUCUGCACUGACGUUGGAUCUAAUUGAUCUGUAUCCAAAUUGAAGAGUUAACACGAAAAACACGUACAAACUGUUUUUGUAAUUAGAAGAAUCAACGAUGCCAAAUUCUAGCAUUUAUUCUUCUGGGGUACGUGUUUCACAUAUUUCGUACAAAUUCAUACACAGGAGUUAAGGCGGAGUUAAGGGUCAAAAAAGUCAGUAGGUAUGAAACAGAAUCCCUAUAAACUGGUCUUUGCCGUCAAGUUCCCCUCCGUUACCGCUCAGUCAUCCACCACAACAGUUCUUGUAGGGUAAAGAUUAUAGAUUCUGGAAACGUUAUUUAACAAUUAUUCCUCGAGCCCGAAUGGCCAUUGACUCAGAGGCCAUGAGGGCGAGAGGAAUAAUUGUUUUUAAUUAGUGCUGAAAAUCCAACUAGUUGGUCAAAAAUAUCGAGACGAGACAUUUUUAGCUAGUUAAAGCCAGACUUUAAUCCCCUUUUUUGGCGCCAAAAAGCCGGCGCUUUUCGCUACUACUGGGCUCAGAGUAGCUCUGUAGAUUGCUCUUUACUGGGCUAUAACAUAUAGCCUAGUAGUAGCUCAACCAAUCAGCACGCAGCAUUGAUAAUAGACCACUAGUUGGAUUUUACUGAUGAGGAAUAUACUUUUACCCUCUAAAUAUUCGUCAGUAUGGAAAGUACUCAAACAAACACUACUCAUGUUGGUCUUCGCCCAGGUUAUUCACCGAUUCGCCAGAGCUACUGCAGCUGUUUUCAUUUAGAGACAUCGAAUUAUCUGAAGACGUCUUAAGAAGCGAUGCGCGCUUCAAGAAGCAAUCACUGGUAACUAUGCAACAUGUUGAUUUGGCCGUGACCUCACUCAACGAUCUGGGCUCCGUCGUUCCUGCUCUUAAGGAUCUGGGAGCGAGGCAUAGCAUGUACAAAGUUGAAGAACACCACUAUGGGGUAUGAUUGAUUUGAAUUUGAUUAUAAGUUCAGUAAAAGUUUUGACCCGGCCUCUUUAGCAUUUCGCCCCGGGGGUUCUUCCUUGUGCCUCCCCGAAGGGUAGGGUUUUGCGCCGUUUUGGCGUGACAACGGGUAUAGACUUUGCCCAAUUUGGCACGGAAUUGAGGCAACUACGGGACUGUAUGAAGGUAUGAACGUUUCUAUUCCAAACGAAUAAGAAGGAAAGACAAAUAUGCGAAUUCGUACUGGGUUUUAAGAAAUCUUUUUUUUGCUGUUCUAAUCUAAGUAAUUAUUAUGACAUAAUUUCUUUGCAGCCAGGUCUAUAAACGGGGGUGAAAAGUGACAUUGUUUGGUCUGAAAUAGGGUCAGGAAUUGGAGAGCCAGGCGGCACACCCCCAACGAGAAUUCCAGGGAAUACUCCCCCAGGAAUUUCGCCUCUAGUUCCUCCUCUCAAGACUGACAACACUAGUAGAAUAAAGCUCAGAAAAUUUCAUACAAACAGCAAUUGUCCAAAAACCCUAUUGUAUGGACCUGUCAUAAGACACAGAAGUGCGAUAUUUCGACUUGCAACAGGAGCCAUAACCCGAAGCGAGCAACUCCCAUACUAGGCCUUUGUCAUGGUGUUUUUACGGACCAGUCUAUUUUAAGACAUUUUUUAGGGCAUUAUAAGAUAUCAAAAAGGAAAAUUUAAGGUUUUUAAAAGGCAAAAAUUAUCAUUUUUAGGCUUGUAGGUUUUGCUGACUGGUUUGUGGAAUUUAAAAGAUAUUCAAAUUCGCGCCAAACCGUUCUAAAAAUAAACAUGGAAGUUGCUAGCUCCGGGUUAUGGGCUCCUUCUUGCAAAUACUACUUUCUAUCAGGUCCAGACAGCAGCAGAGAUACGCCACUAGAAAUUGCUACCCCAUAAGUUACGGCUCCAAAUAACACAGAGGGCUCAAUCUUUGGUGUCAGUAAAAAAAAUCCUCUGUUUGGGCCUUAAUUUAUUUUGUUUUAUUAUGUUUCUUUGUUGUUGUUGUUAUUGUUUUCAUCUUACUAAAACAUUAACAUUUAUUGAAACAAAAGAUGAAUUGACCCCGACCCCAAGUAUACGUUUUUGACAUUCCUUCAGUUUCGAAAUGUUUUUCGGUAGCCUAUUUACCUCUACCACCAGUUCCGCAGAAAACCAACCACAGUUCAUGGAAAGUGUUAGCCGAAGACCUUACUUGCAUUAUUGUAUUCUUUAUGCUUUUUUUUCCAGCCGGUAGGAGCUGCCUUACUGAGCACGCUCGAAAAGGGCCUGGGAGAGAACUUCACAUCGGAAGCGAGAGAGGCCUGGACUACAGUGUAUGGAGUGGUGUCAGACACAAUGAAAGAAGGAGCAAAAGAAAUCCGAGAUGUUCAAUGAAUAAAUGGAUUUCAAUAAGAGCCUUACAAUGGACUCUUUGUAAUAUACUUGAAGUAUUUUACGAAAGUUCAAGCAUAAUAGCCCAUUUGUAUGAUGACGUCACGCGCAUCAUGGUUGUUGUAUUGCCAAAUUUCAAACCGAGGGGGACUGAGCAUGAGCCAUUUGUUAUAGCAUUAUCGACAUUAGACCCAUUUAGUACAAAAGAGCGCAUCAAGCUUUACAAAAUCCUCAAGUUUGGUGUUAACUGUGACAAUAUACAAUCAGG